AUGAAGUUGUUGAACGAUGUAUUCAUUGCUCCCAAUGAAAUAUCAACAAUACCCGGUGCUCAAAAACAAUCAACUUUAAUGUCAAUAGCUGUUGGUGUUUUCGCUGCAGUGGGUGGAUUCAUUUACGGUUAUGAUACUGGUUUAAUCAAUAGUUUAGCAGACAUGCAAUUUGUACGGCAUGAAUUUGCCUCAAAUCAUACAAGUUUCACAGCUAAGGAAACUUCGAUAAUCACUGCAAUAUUAUCAUUAGGAACAUUUUUCGGUGCUUUAUUGGCACCUCUAUUAUCAGAUACAAUAGGACGUCGUUAUGCCAUUAUGUUUGCCACUUUUGUUGUCUUUAUGGUGGGAAACAUUUGUCAAGUUGCAUCAACUGGAAUCCCAUUGCUUUGCAUUGGGCGUUUCAUUACGGGACUAGCAGUAGGGAUGAUAUCUGCUGUUGUUCCAUUAUAUCAAGCUGAAGCCUCUCCAAAAUUUGUUCGUGGUGCUAUUAUAUCCACUUAUCAAUGGGCAAUCACUUGGGGUUUAUUAGUUUCAAGUGCAGUGUCCCAAGGAACUCAUAGUAAACAAACUUCUGCAUCUUAUAGAGUACCCAUUGGGUUACAAUUUGCUUGGUCUUUAAUUUUGGGUAUUGGUAUGAUUUUUUUACCAGAAUCUCCAAGAUUCUUCAUUAGAAAAGAUGAUUUAAGUUCAGCUGCAAAGGCUUUAUCCACUCUACGGCGUGUACCACAGGAUGAUCCUGGUUUGAUUGAAGAACUUGUGGAAAUCAAGGCAAGUCAUGAUUAUGAAUUAAGUUUUGGUGCUUAUUCUUUUAUGGAUUGUUUUAGAGAUGGUGAAGGUCGUCCACGUCAAUUGAAAAGAUUACUUACAGGUGUUGCAUUACAAGCCAUUCAACAAUGUUCAGGUAUAAAUUUCAUUUUCUACUAUGGUGUUAAUUUUUUUUCAAGAACCGGUGUUUCUAAAUCUUAUUUAAUUUCAUUUGUUACUUAUGCUGUUAAUGUUUGUGCCACCAUUCCUGGUAUAAUGUUGGUUGAAAUCAUUGGUCGUCGGAAAUUAUUGAUCGGUGGUGGUUUAAUUAUGACCCUUUCCAAUUUAUUAAUUGCUAUAGUGGGUGUCACGACUAAUUCUAUCAUUGCCAACAAGAUUAUGAUUGCAUUUGUUUGUUUAUUUAUUGCAUCGUUUGCAGCUUCAUGGGGUCCAGUGGUUUGGGUUUAUAGUGGUGAAAUUUUCUCAUUGGGUGUUAGAGGUAAAGCUGUUGCUUUAACAGCUGCCACCAACUGGCUUGUCAAUUUUGUAUUUGCCUACAUCACACCUUAUUUAGUUGAUACUGGAACUCAUACUGCAGCUUUGGGUACCAAAAUUUUCUUUAUUUGGGGUGGAUUCAAUGCUAUUGGUGUUGUAUUUGUUUACUUGUUUGUCUAUGAGACAAAGUCAUUAUCAUUGGAACAAAUUAACGAGCUAUACAGACGUUGUCCAAAUGCAAGAGCAUCAGGUAAAUUUGAAGUUAAAGUUAAUAUACCAGCCAGUGAGCGUGAAGAAGAUGAAGCUGCUAUUAGAAACAAU